AUGCCUCAAAACGAGUACAUUGAGCAGCACAUCAAGCAGCACGGUCGUCGGUUGGAUCAUGACGAGAGGAUCCGUAAGCGGGAGGCCAGAGAGGUGCACAAGAGGUCUUCGAAGGCGCAGAGUCUGACCGGUUGGAAGGGUAAGCAAUUCGCCAAGAAGAGAUAUGCUGAGAAGGUGGCGAUGAAGAAGAAAAUUAGGGCCCAUGAACAGAGCAAAGUUAAAGGUGCUUCGAAACCUAUGGACGAAAAUGGGGAGGCUCUGCCUACAUAUUUGUUGGACAGAGAGCAGACGAAUACAGCAAAGGCGAUUUCGUCCUCUAUCAAGCAGAAACGGUUGGAAAAAGCUGACAAAUUUUCCGUCCCAUUGCCUAAAGUGAGAGGUAUUAGUGAGGAGGAGAUGUUCAGAGUUGUUAAAACGGGUAAGUCGAAAACAAAGUCUUGGAAGAGAAUGAUCACUAAGCACACUUUUGUAGGUGAGGGGUUCACCAGAAGGCCCGUCAAGAUGGAGAGAGUUAUCAGACCAAGUGCGCUGAGACAGAAGAAGGCUAAUGUGACCCACCCAGAACUUGGGGUCACCGUAUUUUUGCCUAUUCUCAGUGUUAAGAAAAACCCUCAAUCUCCAAUGUACACUCAAUUGGGUGUUUUGACAAAGGGUACUAUUAUUGAAGUCAACGUUUCUGAACUGGGGAUGGUUACUGCUGGUGGUAAGGUUGUUUGGGGUAAGUACGCACAAAUCACCAAUGAACCGGACAGAGACGGUUGUGUCAACGCCGUUCUAUUGGUUUAA